ACUACAACUCCCAGCAUGCCCCCCGUCGUCUCCUCUCCCGCCCCGCUGCGGGGUUACGUCACCGCGUCGCUCAGCGGGGGGGGGGCGGGCCCGGCAGAUCUCGCGAGAGCAGGCGGUGGUCGGGAGCCGGCGGGCCGUCGUCGGUUGAGGAGAGCGGAGGGAUGGCGGCGGCGGCGGAGACUCGAUUCGGUCGCUUUUCUCUCGCUCGUCCCGACCGCCGGAGGAGAGGAGGAUGGCGGACCGAAGUACGCCAACCUGCCGGGCAUCGCCUUCAACGAACCCGACGUUUACGAGACGACUGACCUGCCCGAGGACGACCAGGCGCAGUUCGAAGCGGAGGAGUUGAACAGUGAGAGCGUGGAACGCAUCGUCGUCAACCCCAAUGCGUCCUAUGACAAGUUCAAGGACAAGCGGAUCAGCACCAAGGACAUCGAUUUCUCUGACCGGAUCAGCAAGGCGAGGCGGACUGGAUACGAGUCAGGGGAUUACGAGAUGCUGGCUGAAGGAUGCGGGGUCAAGGAGACCCCCCAGCAGAAGUACCAGCGCCUGCUGCAUGAGAUGAAGGAGCUGUCCGAGGAGGUGGAGCACAUCAAGAAUUCCGUGAAGGACUCCGCGGCGGAGGAGAAGCUGACUCCGGUGGCCCUGGCCGGCCAGGUGGCCUCCCUGAAGCAACAGCUGGCCACCCUGCAGCUGGAGAAGGUGCUGGGACCCGACGCAACCAUUGACCUGACUGAUCCCGAGGGAGCAUUGGCCAAGCGCCUGCUGGCCCAGCUGGAGGCCACCACCAGGGAGACGGGCUCGGGCACGGCCGGGAAAAGCCCCGUCAGAGGAGGGGAGGGGAACGCAGUGACGUACGAGCUGUACUACAGGCCGGAGCACACCCGCUUCACCCAGGCAGCAAAGCUGGCAGAGCUGGAAAAACGUAUGGCAGACCUGGAAGCAGCUGUGGGCACCAGCUCGGACAGACAGAACCCAUUGACCGUGGGACUGCAAGACGCCUCUCUCAUGGGAGCUGUUGAGAUACUCCAGGCCAAAGUGAGCACGUUGGACCCAGCUACAUUGGACCAGGUCGAAGCAAGGCUGCAGAGCGUUCUAGGGAAGCUGAACGAGAUCGCCAAACACAAGAAGGCCAACGAGGAUGCAGAGACCCAGAGCAAGAUCGCCCAGCUGUAUGACCUGGUGCAGAAGUGGGAUGGGAUGGUCACCACCCUGCCGCAGGUCGUGGAGAGACUGGUGGCCGUGAAGGAUCUGCAUGAGCAAGCGAUGCAGUUUGCUCGGCUCCUGGCUCACCUGGACUCCACGCAGCAGAUGAUCACCAGUACCAUGAGGGACAACAACUCUCUCCUGACACAGGUACAACAGACCAUGAAGGACAACAUGGCCCUGGUGCAGCAGAACUUUGUCACCCUGGACGCCCGUGUGAGGAACCUGGCGGCGUAGGAACCCCGGCUGCUCACUGCCUGCGGGAGGGGAGGGUUGGGGUUGGGGGGGAGGGAGGGGGAGGGUUCAGCACAUUAUUUAACCAUCCGAAGCUCAGCCCCACAACCCUGCCCCGCCUCUUCCCUCCCCUCGGCCGGGACAGAUGGACACCACACCUCUCGUCAUCCCCCCCAUCCUUCCCGUCUGUAACCCAAGCCCCUCCGCCCUGGACGGGCAACCCUUCCGGACACUAACUGCUCUGGCGCGCGCCCUCGCUUGUAGACGCAUUAAAGGGCCGCGGCCCCGUUCUGUCUCUUGCUCCA